AUGGAUAAUAAUAAUACUAAUAUCAUAAGUAAUGGCAGAGAUAAAAAUAACGAUGAUCAACCUAUAUCUGAUUAUUCAAAUCAGGUAACUCGAGUCAACGAUUUAUUAAACGACAUCAAUGCAAAUGGGGGAACUUUAACACCUAUACAAGAUGAAUUUUUGAACCCAACGCCCUUUGAAAAUGCCCCCCUUGCAAAUAUAGAUACAAAUUUAGAAGAUGAUUUUGAUGCUGAUGCUGACGCUGACGAAUUCAGACCUUUCUUACAACAAAAUAAUGCUUCUACAAGUACACCAGCUAAUACUGCAGAUGAACAAUCAUUUUUCCCUGUUGAAGAUGACUUCGCCGUUUCAGGCACAGAUGACGUUAGUGAGACUGAUAAUACCACUAGAGUAAGGAGAAGAGGGCGUAGUAAUACUAUGUUUAGCAUCAGAAGUGGUAUUGAUAUAGUUAGAGAGCAAUUGGAUAAAGACAAAUUUGUUUUGUUAAUAUUGGCAAGUACGUUUUUAUAUAUCGGCUUCAUGGCUGCUUUUGCACCAAGAACUUCAUUGACGAGAACUUUUGGUUGGCUACAUGGUUCCACCUUUACCAAGGCAGAAACUUACCGAAUAUUUUUAACUGCUUUACAAGAAGAAAAUAAAGCAAAAUACCAUGUUCAUAAUUACGCAACUGCAAAUAAAAAUGGUGUUCACGAGACUGGUGAUUUAAAUACAUUACACUACACAAUAGAUCAGUUUACUGAGCUGGGAUUCACCACAAAACAGGAAUCUUAUUUCCCUUGGUUAAACAUUAAUGGUGAGACCCAAGUUUCAUUAUUUCAUGGAAAUCAAAUGAUUUUCAAUGCCUCCAUGAUAGAAGAUUGUUUACCUUCUGAAGAUCCAUCAACUUGUGAAUCAAAGCCACAUGGCUAUCAUAGUUAUUCCGCAAAUGGUAAUGUAACUGCACAAUAUGUCUUUUGUAAUUAUGGUACAUUGAAAGAUUAUAAGCUGUUAUUAAAUCAUGAUAUUGAUAUCGAAGGUAAGAUUCAUAUUAUUAGAAAUGGCAACCUACUUAAGGGCAUUAAAGUAAAAAAUGCAGAAUUAUUUGGAGCCUCAGGUGUAAUUCUAUAUUCAGAUCCAUAUGAUGAUGGGUAUGUUACAGAGAGAAAUGGAUUUAAACCUUAUCCUGAAGGGCCCGCAAGAAAUCCGAGUGCUAUUGAAAGAGGUUCUGUGCAAUUCCUACAAGAAAUUUCGGGUGACCCAACAUCACCAGGUUAUCCUUCAAAAUAUAAGAGAACUGAGCAUAUUUCACCUGCUGGUAAAAUCCCAAAUAUUCCUUCAGUACCAAUGAGCGCAAAGGAAAUUCAGCCUAUAUUAGAAUUGUUAAAUGGUAAAGGGUUUCAAUUAGGGCCAGGUGGUUAUAUUGAUGGCUUUGAUUAUUUUACAGGACCAUCUGAUGAAAAUACUGAAGUUCGUGUUUAUAACUCUCAAAAUUAUGAAUUUCAGAAAAUUUCAAAUGUUGCUGUAGAAAUUCCCGGUAUAUUUGCUGAAGGUGAAAUCAUUAUUGGUGCACGUCGUGAUUCAUUAGUAUCUGAUGGUUCAAGCGGUUCAAAUAGUGGUUCUGCUAUUCUAUUAGAAAUUGCACGAGGUAUUUCUUCAUUGAUGAAGCGUGGUUGGAAACCCUUAAGACCCAUUAAGCUUAUUAGUUGGGAUGGUUCUGGACCGGCUCAUCUUGGUUCCACAGAAUAUGUAGAAGAAUAUUCUGCAUUUUUGAAAAGAAAUGUUUUAGCAUAUUUGAAUUUAGAUAGUGUAAUUCAAGGUUCACUAUUCAUGUCGAAUGCGAAUCCGUUAUUACACGAUGUCAUCUAUGAAGCAGCUAAAUAUACUUCAUUUAAAGAUAAUGAAGAUUGGACUUUAUAUGAUGAAUGGAAGAAAAUGACUAAUAAUACUGUUGGGAUUAUUGAUGGUAUUUCAGACACAAACAGUUUCCAAAAUUAUCUUGGAAUACCUUCUGCAAAUUUCCAAUUUAAGAAUAAUGGCACAGGUGAUGCAAUUUGGCAUAAAAAUUCGAAUUUUGAUACAUAUACUUGGCUGGAACAAUUUAUUGACCCAGAUUAUAAGUUACAUAAUACAAUGGCUAAAUUUGUUGGCUUAGUAACACUAACAAUUAAUCAAAAUGAUAUGAUUCCAUUUAAAACACAUUCAUAUCUUUUAGAGAUCAAUAAUUGGUAUAAAAAGUGGGAAAAUAAAUUAAUUAAUAGUUUCCCAUAUGAUGAUGAAUUAAAAGAAUUGGCAGAUAAUGUUAACGAUAUAAUUGAAAUUGCUACAUGGACAGAAAGUAUACUAUUUGAUAAAAUUACUCAAGAAAUAAAAGAAGAUUGUUCCAGAGAUUUCCCAUUAAUUCAAUUUUAUAAAAAAAUUGAUUUAUAUAUGUCAUUAUUAAGAACUAAUAACAAAUUGAGACAAUUGGAUAAACUAUUCCUAACAAAGAGAGGCUUGCGUGAUAGGGAAUGGUUUAAGCAUUCUAUAUUUGAGCCUGAUAAAUUUAUUGGUUCUAAAGGUAUUGUUUUAACCGGGUUGUAUGAAGCUAUCGAAGGCUGGAGUCGUGAUGAUGCGAUGGAAUGGUUAACAAUUUUAAUGAUUCAAUUUAGUAAUAUUAGAAUGCUUCUCCAAAUGUAA